ACGCUUUGUCCAUCAACACAAAGAAACAAAAACAGAAACUCCAAACCAUUUGAAUCAAUGGACGCCGGAGAUUUCGAGUGCCCGGCGAGCGCUUUCCGGUACAACGGAACGCUGUGCGCGUGCCCGCCGGGGAGUUUCAUGCGCGGUGGCUUGUGCGCCGGGAUCGGAGCAGGGACGGAGUGGGAGAUGGGCGGGGGGCGGAGCGAGGGGGCGGCGCCGAGGUGGUUCGAGCCAGUGCCGGAGCUGGAGCCGAUAGAGAGGAUGGUGAGUUCGGAGGCGGCGCUGAUGAAGGCGACGGCGGCGGUGGUGGUGUUGUGGGUGGUGUUCUGCGUCGCCGUCAGGCUCGGCCGCGUGCGCGGUGGCCGGAGUUUUUGGUUCCGAUGUCGGUGCUGGAUUGAGCGACUUGAUCUUCGAUUUGCCACCAAACACUUGCUGGAUGACCAAAAGGUAGUAAAAAAGAGGAAAACAGAGCUUGGAGGGAUGUUUUCUGUAGCAAGCUGGAUCUUAUUUGUUGGUCUCUUGACUACGUUACUGUAUCAGUUUAUCACGAAACGAAGCAUUGAGGUCCAUAGAGUUAAGCCAGCUAAGGCUUCAGAGUUGAAGUCUUUUAAUAAUGAUAUGGAAUUUAAUAUAACCACGUUAUCGAGCAUGAGCUGUUCUCAUUUACGUGGCUUUGAUACUCUGGUGAUUGGGACUCCUGGUUCCAUUGACUACAAAAUUUCUCCAUUGUUAACAUAUGCAAAUUAUUCUUGUUACGACACAAUCUGGGGACCUACUAUUUCUCUUAAGUGCAGCAGUUGCCAGGUUCUUCUAGGAAACCAUUACAUUUCAUGGCAAUUUGUUGACCUUCCAAACAGUCCUGCUAUGGCUGUUGGCUUUCAAUUCAAUAUAACGGCCAAAGACCAUGCUUGUAAUAAACAUGUGAGCUUUGUGAGUGGAACACUGAAAUCUGAGAGCUUGACAUGUGAUGGACCAAAAACUUUCAGAGGGCCAGAUAUGAGUAUAUUGAAAAUUCAUCUGUUUCCGCAGAAAUUCAAAAAUUUGCACAAUUUACAACUCAUUCAGCCUUUGCUGCAUGAUUUUCUUCCUGGUUCAUCAUUUUCUGAUGUUAUCGAUCUUCGUGCUUCCCUUCAAAGUUCUCUGAAUGGAGUUGUAAAUACAGUAUUGUAUAUCAGAUAUCUCUCUGAUUAUAUUGUGGAGACUGAUAAGGAGAAUUUAUUGGGACUUGUGGGUUUUUUCGCGGAUGCUGGUGGUCUUUAUGCCAUUACCCUUGCAAUUUUUCUGUACUUCUUGUUGCAAUGUGAAGCGAGGAUUAAGAAGCUGCAAUGUGAAGAUAGUGUCAUGCGAGAUAUUAGAAGCCAAAGGCGUGCUCAACGACAUUGGGACAAAUUGAGGAAAUAUGUGAAGUACACCUGGGGUCGUAGUAACUUGGUUGUGAAAAGCAGAAGCCGCAGACGACAUAUCAGUUUGAGGAUUGGUUCUUUUCAUGUGCAGAAUGUAGUACCGGAGGAUUUUCUUACUGGAAUUCUCAAGUCAAAUGUGGCAUGUAGCAACCAAGUUUGUGGAGUUUCUAACAUAGACAAGAAAUCAAUGACAAUGAAAGAAAUCAAUCUUCAUACAUUUGUGUGACCACUGGCUGAAUUCAUGUAGAGUGUUAGAGAGUUUUUAUCAAUCAACUUAAGUUCAUUUUGAAGAUAUCUAUUUAACUACAUUGGUAGGAAGUCAUCAUCUAUGACCUUCUGCUCCUUCCUAUUAUCAUGCUGCUGUAUGACCAAUGCUGAUGUCGAUGUUGAGAAGUCUGAGGCAGCAAGUACAUCUCCGAC